CAUUAUACAGUAGUUCAGAAUUCGGUCCACUGACGCGAGUUACGCGAGGCGAUUCUCGAUCGGGGAGCGAGGGUUUGAAGAAGACCGGAGAGAAGCACGCCUACUCGACCCGUCCGCUAUGGUCGCUUCCUCGUCUUCCUUGUCUUCCGAUUCUUCGUAUUCAUCCUCCUCCUCCUCUUCUCGCCGGGAUCGACGCCGACGCCACCGCCGCCGUGUGGGCAGAGACGCCCUCAGGGUUCGCAAGGAUCACCGGUCUCGGGGGAAGAGGAGGAGGAGACACCGAUCUCCCAGCGAUUCCCCUUCUUCAUACAGUGAUAGUUACAGCAGCAGUGAGAGCUCUUCUGAUAGUGAAUAUGAGGCAUCAAAUUAUCCAAGGAAGCACAAACAUGAUGAAAGAUCAAAGAAGACCAAGGAUAAAGACCGAAGCAAGAGGCACAAGCGGCACAAACAGAGGCAUAAAGAGAAGCUGCAGCCUGAGCGGUGCAGCAGUCCUAUCCAGCUUUCAAAGUUUCUUGGCCGUGACAAAGAUGAUGGCAUUCGGCGCAGUGCUGUGUCUGGCAAAAAGAUUAUGCUGAAGGUUGAGAAAACAAAGGAAGACAAGCUGGCAGAAAACAACCGUAAUGAGUUGCUCAAGUUUCUGAAUGCUAGUUAUGAUUGAUAAGUGGGGAUGGUGGCAUCAUAAUUAUGCAAUAUUGAGUGUUGUGUUGGAAAAUGCUGUUAUGAAACUUAAUUGCUGCAUAUGAUUCAUUACAAUCUACAAACUUCUUCAGAAACUGUAUGCAUGUUCUGUUUGCUUUCUUAUUUCUUGAAUGUUAAAUGUUAUUUUAUCUUGCAGCUGCCUUUUAUGAAUUUUUUUUUUCAUGUGUUGUAUAACCAAUUUCUUGUUGUUCACAAUCCCUUACAUGGUAUUGCCUUUUGUGUUUCUCAGUCCUAUUUUGUCACUUUGCAUUUAUUGAAAACGAUUUACAGCUUCGCUGUCUUGUG